AUGACAAAUUCUUAUUACUUUAUUAUUUUAUUUUUUCUUCCAAAUGUUUUAACUUACGAUUGUCGUGAAAUAUGUAAUUUAACUGUAUAUGUAUAUGAAAAUACAUCAAAUGAUAAUUUACAAUGGAAUUUAAUUGAUCUACUUUAUAAUCGUACAUUGACAACAUUUCCAUAUGAACAUUAUCAAUAUUCAUUAUCAAAUCCAUCAGAUUAUUUUGAAAUUGAUUCACCAAUAUUAAAAUUUCGUUUAAUAGAAUUAGAUCGUGAACAAAUUUGUAAUAAAAAUUUUUUUAAUGAUAAUGAAUGUUCGUUACAAUUACAAAUUUUUACACAAGCAUCUUUUUUUAUUUUAUUUAAAUUAAUUAUAUUAGAUAUAAAUGAUUGGAAACCAUAUUUUAAAGAUGAUCAUAUAAAUAUAAAUAUACGUGAAAAUUUACCAAUUAAUUAUCGUGUACAAUUACCUAUUGCACAUGAUCAUGAUUCAACACAAUACAAUAUUGAUUAUUAUAAAUUUAUAAAUGAUGAUGAUCAUUUAAUAAAUGAAUUAUUUCAACUUGAAAAAUUUCAUGAUGAACUUAGAUUAAAAUUAUUAAAACAACUUGAUUGUGAAAAAAGAAAUAAUUAUCAAUUACAAAUUAUUGCUGUUGAUAAAGGAGGAUUACAAUCAAAUGUUUUACAUGUUAAUAUAACCAUAGAUGAUUUAAAUGAAUUUCAACCACGUUUUAAACAACGUCUUUAUCAUACUCAUAUAUCUGAAAAUACUCCUAUAUCAAAUACAUCAAUAUUAAAUGUAAUUGCAACAGAUGAUGAUUGUUAUGAUAAAAUAAUUCAUUAUUCAAUUCUUCGUGAUAUGUCAAAUGAUAUAUUUCCAUUUGAAAUUGAUAAAUAUACUGGUUUAAUAUAUGUUAUACAUGAACUUGAUUAUGAAAAAAUGUCUACAUAUCGUUUUCGUGUUAAAGCAUCAAAUCUUGAUCAAGUAACAUCAAGUAUUGUACCUGUACUUAUUGAUAUAAUUGAUAUAAACGAUCAUGAACCUUUAAUACAAAUAAAUAUUCUUAAUGAAUAUAAAUCAAUAAAUUCUGAUGAAGAUAAUGAAGAAUUUAUAAUAAAUAUUAAUGAAAAUAUACAUUCCGGACAAGUUAUUGGAACAAUUAUAAUACGCGAUAAUGAUUCUAUUAUGAUUAAUCGAAAAUUAUCAUUAAAAAUUCUUUCAUGUUGGCCAACAAAAAAUUCUUGUCCAAUUGAAUUAGAUUCCGGAUUAAGAAAUGGUGAUGAAAAUGAAAAAAAUUUUAUUGGUUCAACUAAUUAUUUAAUACGAACAUCAAGACAAUUGGACACUGAAAUGGGUGAUGGACAAUAUACAAUUAUUCUUGAAGCAAGAGACUACGGUGAUCCAUCAUUAAGUAGUCAGCGUCGUUUAUUAAUUAUAAUUCAUGAUAAAAAUGAUUGUAUACCAAAAUUUACUCAAGCAGAUUAUCAAUUUCAUUUAUCUGAAUCAACUCCAAUUGGAUCUUCUAUUGGUCAUAUACAAGCAAUUGAUCAUGAUUUAACACCAGAUUUUCGUCGUAUACAAUAUAAACUUAUUUAUAAUGAAAAUAAUCAUAUUAUUGACAUAAAUCCUAAUAAUGGAAGUAUAUAUUUAAUUAAAAAAUUAUUAGCAGGAAUGACAUUUAAUAUAACAGUCAUAGCUAUAGAUCAACAUAAUCAUUCAUUAUAUGAUCAAACUAAUGUACAAAUUUCUUCGUAUGAUGAAGAUACAUGUUUGCCGACUUUUAGACAAACACUUUAUAUAUUUAAUACAACUGAACAUCGAUUAACACCAUAUGAAAUUGGUCAAGUUUCUGCUGAUAGUUGUCUAUCGUUAUCAAUACCAAUUUCUUAUCAUCUUGUAAAAGAUAAAACAUCAACAUUACCAUUUUUUAUUGAUACUCGUAAUGGUGUUAUAACAGUUACACGUGAAUUAGAUCGAGAAAAACAAUCAUUUUAUAAAUUUUCUAUUGAAUCAUUUAAUCAUAAAACUCAUCAAACAAGUCAAACAGAUAUUCAAAUAAAUGUUCUUGAUGAAAAUGAUCAUUAUCCAAUAUUUGAUAAUUCAAUAAAUAAUGCUCGUGAACAAUAUAUUUAUAUAAAUAAAACUUUAUCUUCAAAAUAUUCUAAUGAAAGAACUUCAACACUAAAUAAUAUAUUAAUAGCACGUGUUCAUGCAACAGAUGAAGAUGAAGGUUCAAAUGGUCUUAUUAAUUAUUAUUUUACAAAUAAUGAUAAUUAUGCAUUUUUUCAUUUAUAUUCAAAUGGUUCAGUUGUACUUUAUAAUCAAAGAAAUCUUCAAUUACCAUAUCGUCUUGAAAUUUAUGCACGUGAUCAAGGUAAUCCAGCACCAUUAAAUUCUCGAGAAAGUAUUCUCAUAUAUGUAUGUGAUGCAUUAAAACGUCAUGAAUGUCCAUCAGAUGAAUCAAUUGAAAGUCAACAAUGGUUACUUAGUUAUAAUAAUAAAAAUCAAAUAAAAACAGAUCGUUUAACAACAAAUUUUUAUCUUGGUUCAAUAUUUAUAAUGAUAUCAAUUCUUUUAUUUAUUGUAAUUAUUAUAGUUUGUAUUGUUUGGAAUUUAAUUCUAAAAGGACAAUUAAAAGGUAAACAUGAUCAAAUACAUACUAAUGGAUUAAAAUUAUCAACUGAAUCGUAUAAUUGUCGAGUGGAAGCAAGAAAAAAUCUAAUUGUGUCCGAUAGUCUUUGUGAAUCAUCACCAACAAUGACAUCAAUUGAUGGAAAUCAUCGUUUGAAAUCUGUAGCCGUAUGA